AUGAAUACUUGCAUCUUGCAACCACCGACGAAACAAAUCCUAAGUGACGACAUUGUGCUGGGCGUGCAACAACGCAGCAAGUCUUACCGAACUACAUACGUAUCACGUAAUGACGAACCAAACAUGAUCAAUGAUUUGGAGCAACGCACUUACUUAACUGCGGCAGUGAAAGAUCAAUUGUUUUCAACGGGAAGAGAGAAGAAGAGACACAAAUCAGUCGAUUUUGCUAGCUCGAAACUAAGAUUGCUAGCUAUUUCCUGCGGCGGCUCAAUGUCAUUUAAACCGGAGCAUCGGUUUAAAGGAGGUGAAGAGCAGAAGGCUGUGAUAACGGAAUGGGUUCAAAGCCACGUCAAGUAUCAACGAGAGAUUCGUCGACUACGACAAAUUCGCUAUCGAAGAAAAAAGGAAGAUUAUACUGCGAGUCUUGAAAUGGGAAAUUCCAAGCUUCAAAAUGAGAUUGCGAAGCUACAGGAACGUCAACGUGCCAUUUGUUCCGCUAUACCGAGUGAAAAAACUCCGUGGAAUGUUGUUGUCGAGUACUUUCGGCUCUUUCGCUUUGGAUAUCGAGAACCCGUUUCAUUCGAAGGACUUUCUGAAGACUUACAGCCAUCUGCACAACUCACUUUUUUGCAAGCAACGAUGACACCAGAUGUAUUAUUCAAUGCAGGACGUGGUGUAGAAUCCAUGAUGAAAAACUGGAAGUCCUUUACGCUGUGGUUCCAAGACGUCGAGAUUGAAUUGCACGGAUUGGGAAGAUGCGGCUUGAGCUCUUUUGUAGCCUCCAUCACCACUAGUUUUACUAUCACUGAGUUCUCACUACGCCAGGUUUUCCCGUGCCUGUUAAAAGGUGAUAGAAGCGAUAUUUCGUCACUUGGCCAGAAACUUUUAGGCCAGCGAAUUGUAAUGCGUGGGUCAACAAGGUUCGACUGGAAUGAUAGCUAUGGCCGAGUAACAAGUAUUAUCAGUGAAUCGGAUAUGCUCACACCAAUGCUCCAUAUCGUUGGGUGCUUAGAGGACGUGUCGCGUGUUUUUGAGGGAUCGCUGAUAUCUCUAAGCUCGGCACCGCGUACGAUCUCACCUGCUGUAGAAAACUUUUGA